GUGUAUUUCCCUUGCUAUCUCUGCAGAAUGCUCCACCUGUGGCCUGAUUAAUGAGGUAUCAGGAAGGGAAAGUGUGUGUUUAAAAGGAAAAGGAACAGAAUAGUUGGGGCUCUUCCUAGGAGACAGCAUGUGGGCUGUAGGGAAGAGACAGAGGCUGCUGAGGAGUACACAGCCCGAGCUGAGUGGCUCAAAGAGAGUGACAUUGUGAGUAGAAGGUUGCAGGGGGACAUAUGUUUAACCGGCUGAGGGAAGCUCAGCGGUUGUUAGUCAGGACAAGCUGAUCUGUUUAGUCAGUGACCAGACGGUCUAGGAUUUUGUUUUGUUCCUGCUUUUUGUUUAUUUCUUUCCCUGCAACCUGUCUAAUAAAACUGGCAAGGUGCCAGAUUUGCAUUACAAGCGUUUGUUUGCUGGUUUAUUGAGAAGAAACGCAUCCUGUGGCGUGGUCCAGGACGAUCCCAGAGCUAAUCCCCAAGACGGAUCGUCACAUUUUGGUGGAGGGUGCGGGCACGCCGUUGCUAAGGGCAACCCGUUGCCAAGGGCAACAGAUCGCAUCAAGCGAGUGGGCACUCUUUCUCAAGUAAGGAGACAGGUGGACGGGCCACCUGCAGAGUGCAGAUUACGUUUUGAGACUGUGUAUAAAGGCGUUGCUAGGGGCAACGGAAAAAUUUUGUUGGCAAGCGGCUGACAUUUCGGCAGAGGACUAUACUGUGUUUGCAAGGUUUGAAGUGUUGCAAGAUGGAUGUCCUGAUAAGUGCUUUGUUGCAGACUGCUGCAGCACAAGAGGAAGCAAGCUUUGCAGAGUUUGAAAAGAUUGCUAUGCAUGAGGCAUGGCCCAAGACGCACUGGGGAAACUUGGUGUUUGGAUUCAUUGGAGGAGAUGCCCAAAAAGGUCAUUGUGAACUGGAUCCAAAGAUCUUACGGGACUAUGAGAAAGUCAAGACAGAGAUCCUGACUAAAGUGGGAGUAAGCCAAGCUGCAAGACUACAGUGUGCACUGCAGCCUAACAGUGAUGCUGGGUUUAAAGUUGCAGAGCUACUUAAAGAGCAAGUGGAGCGAUGUUCUGCAGCAGAGAAGCUGGUGAGAGGUGUCCAGCACCAGCCCAUAACUGAUUGGACGGCAAGAGAUUCUGGUAAGACUGUUCCAGGGGUUAUGGGGGCCAUGUUUAAUGACUAUGAGACUGUACAUAAGAAUGAUGGGACUGUGCAUAAAAAAGCUGAGUCGGAGGGUGGUGUUUCCCUAGUUGACUGUGUGAACAGUGUUCAAGGUGGUACCAACCUAUGUCCAGUUGCAAAAUCAUGUGAGGGUGGGGAACCCCUCAUGAAGACUGAUGAGACUGUUCACACUGUGCAGAUCGGAUUGAAAAAAUCUGGUGAACAGAAAAUGUUAAAUGCAGGACUGGGAGAAAAUGUAUUAAAACACACUUUGCCUGAGUUAGGUCCUAGUGCUAUGAACUGUCCUGUAAAUUUUGAACAUGUGCAAUCUGAUAAUGUUUUUGUUGAAAAACUUAUGUUGUGUUCAGAUGUAAAGAGAACUGCUGCCACCUCUGACAGGACAAAAGAAAACCUGUGUGAGCUGGCAAUAGAAGGUAAAAAGAUGACGGUUUUGUUAGACCCUAGAUGUGUAAUAAGUCUGGUAAAGUCCAGCAGGAGAAAGCCGGACCCCGCUAUAGUGUCUAUGCAGGCUGGUAUUUGGGGUUAUAAAACGGUUAAUGUCUGUAUUUCUACUCCCUAUGGUACUAUAGGUCAUAAGGUUGCAAUAGAGCCCUCCUUGGAGUAUGAUGUAGUACUGGGGACGGAUUUUCAAUUUUUUCAGCAAUUAUGGGAAGACUGUCAGGUGACUAGAGCAGGAACACCUGAUAGGCCCACAACACUUGACUUGCAUCACACAUUAGAGGAGAGUUACUCAGCAGAGGCUGAGGACGGGGAGUGUCAGCAGUUACUAGAUGUAGGUCAGAUAGGGGUCUGCCAGACUGCUGGGGGAGCUGAAGACCAGACCGUGAGUCAAGUCCAAGAGGAUCCAGUGACUCAAGUGACAAGUUUGACUCUGACUGAAACAGAAUCUUCAGUGAAACCAGAAACGGAUCAGGUACAGGAACAUGGGUUCCAUCCGCCAGCUGAAGAUGAGUCCAAGGUGGGGCUAGAGUUGCGCGGUCAUCUGGAAGAGGUGACUGGAAAAGAAGCUACAGAGAUGUCUGUGGAUAAUGCAGAAGUACUGAAGAGAGUACAUGUGGAGCUGGGUGCUGUGCUUACUGUCACAGACAGAGUCCUGAGUGAAGGCGAUGUGAUGUCUGGACCAGAGAUGGAUCGUGACCAGGAAGGUCGAACCACUGGACCAGAUGUUGUUGCAGACCCAGGAGCCCUAGACCUUUCUGCUGGGCAGCAGAGAGACAGUGUUGAAGUGAAAGAGAAGUCUGCCAGUGAGCAGAGAGACAGUCCAGAGAGACUGUCCAGGAACUACCCUGAAGCCCAAGUGGCCAAGACCCUUGAAAAGGGGGAGACUACUCCUAAAGGUGGAGAAGAGUCUGAACGAGUUGGCUUGAAGGAAGAGACAGGCCAAGCACAGGUGACUGUCAGAGGACAAGAGAAUGUCACAAGGUCCAGCAGCGAGAGUAAGGAGACCGCUGUAAGUAAGAGAUCUCGGAAAAAACGCGCUGGUCUUGGUAAAAAAAGGGAGCAGAUCCAGAACCUUGAAGAAACCUUACAGAUGGUUUCUGCUAAAUUGUCUCAAAAGGAAGAAGUAGUUCAUCACCUGACAGAGGAGAAAGAAAAAACGCUUGCAGACUUGAAUAAAGAGCAGGAAGCAACGCUUCAGCUGCAGAAAGAUAUGGAGCGCCACAAAAGUGAGUUUGCGGCUCUGCAGGAUGAACUGUCCCGCUCCCAGGGUCUUAUGACCAGCAAGGAGAGAGAAUUGGAGAUUCUGGCCAAGCAGAUCUCAUUCAAGGAUGAAGAAGUGAAUGUCCUGUGUGGGGCAUAUCUGGCUCUACAAAGUGAUCACAAGGCUAGGUUGGUUGCCAUGGAAGAGCUGGAGAAGGAGAAAGUGGUAAUGGCUCAUAAGGUGCAGAGCCUGGAGGCGCAGAACGAAACGCAUAUUAAGUCUCGCGCAGCUUCCUUGGAUGCACUGGGUACUCAGCUCUCUGAACAAGAGGCUCAGCUAAAAGUCUAUGAGCAGAAAGUGUCCAAGAUGGCGCAACUGAAUAAAGACAAUGAGCAGAUGAGAGAACAACUGCUGUCCCUGGAGGAUACUGUCAAAAACUUGACAGAAUUGCUGGAAAGUGAGAAGAAGAACUCUUCUAAGCUCAAGAGUGAGCAGCAGAAAUGUUUAAAGCUGGAAGGGGACAUGAAGGUCCUAAAAGAAAGCCGUGACCAAGUUAUAGCAGAACUGGCUAACGAGAGGUUAAAAGUGUCUCAGAUGGAAAUUGAGGCCAAAGCCACAGCCGUCCGUGUAAAAGAAGAAAAACUGCUUGUGAGGCAAAAGCUACUGGAGACAGGGAUGCUUUCUCUAAAAAAGGCGGAGUAUGAACAAUGGACGCAAGAAACAGUAGAGUCUGAAGACCAUGAGAAGAAGCCAUAUGAAAGGUCCUCUGAAGCUGAUACUGAGGUGAAACCAUAUGGGAAGUCCUCUGAAGCUGCAGAGAUAUUAACAUUGCAUGGUGAAAAUUCUGAGGCAGAGAAGUUCUCUGAGGUAGAAGUUAAACCAGAGAUAACUGCAGAAGCUGCAAGUAAAGUUAGUGACACAUCUGAAGGUGCAGGUGAAAAACUGGCUAAAGGAGCCAAGAGUUUUCAGUCUAAAAAUGAGCCUGUGAAAGUCGGUGUCCCUAAAGAAAGGGCUAAUAAGAAAGCAGAGUCCUUAAAAAGAGGUCACUGUGAUAGAAGACUGGGUCGUGGUGGAAACCCUGAGAGGCACUGGAUUAGAAAACACUGGAAGAAAGUCCGCAGAAGUAGAAUUUGGAGAAGAGUCCGUCUCAAGGAGAAGAGGGACAGGUGCAUUAAAGGGAAGCCUCCUGAAAUUGUGGAGGAUGACUUAGAAGACCUGCAAAUGGGUGAUACAGGCUCGGUUGGCCACCAGCAAAGUUCGUGCAAUGGUCAUACCAGUGACAGAAGAAGACAAUGGCCUAGAGCAUCUGCCUUGUCCGCACCUAGUGUCCAGAGCACUGCACAGACCAAGAUGAAGAACCUGGUGUUGGAAAGGUGUGACAUGAAUGGAGCUUUUUACAAGGAAUUUGUCAAAGGUGACCAAAAGUCUUGUGCUCGGUGGCUGAUGAAAGUGCGAAUGAAAGAAGGGUGCACCAUUGAAGUGGUGCAGAUAAAAUCUACUGAUGAAGGAAGCCAAGUGCCUCAAAAUCUGUUGGACGUAGUUGUUCAAGGAAAAGGAAAGGCAGUUGGACUCUGCCUUUUGAAUACAAGUGCUCCUUCCCGGUGGUCUGAGCAGAGGGGGGGGGAUAUGUGGCAGUGUGGCAAGGAAAGGGUGUAUUUCCCUUGCUAUCUCUGCAGAAUGCUCCACCUGUGGCCUGAUUAAUGAGGUAUCAGGAAGGGAAAGUGUGUGUUUAAAAGGAAAAGGAACAGAAUAGUUGGGGCUCUUCCUAGGAGACAGCAUGUGGGCUGUAGGGAAGAGACAGAGGCUGCUGAGGAGUACACAGCCCGAGCUGAGUGGCUCAAAGAGAGUGACAUUGUGAGUAGAAGGUUGCAGGGGGACAUAUGUUUAACCGGCUGAGGGAAGCUCAGCGGUUGUUAGUCAGGACAAGCUGAUCUGUUUAGUCAGUGACCAGACGGUCUAGGAUUUUGUUUUGUUCCUGCUUUUUGUUUAUUUCUUUCCCUGCAACCUGUCUAAUAAAACUGGCAAGGUGCCAGAUUUGCAUUACAAGCGUUUGUUUGCUGGUUUAUUGAGAAGAAACGCAUCCUGUGGCGUGGUCCAGGACG